AUGCGGGUGAUUAAUUCUAGCUCGUAUUUUGAGUAUUAAUUGAUUGAAAUGGGGGAGGGGGUAUUUGAAUUUGUUGUUCCAACUUACACCGAGGAAUUUUGUUUUCAGUGAUUUUAAUAGGUUGCAAUUGAUUUGAAGGAAGAGAAUCAUUUUAAGAUGAAGCCAGAAAUACGAGCGUGUUAUGGUGCUUCAGCGGUUGGAUCAGUGGCGGGAAUUUUUAUACUCCUGGCAGGAAUUGUAGCAAUGUUUUCGACGGUUCGUGCGAAGACUGGAUCCAACGAGUAUGACAGCAUGCGAUUCACAGUGGCAAUAGUAACAGUAGGUUUUCUUAUCUUGUUGCUUGGAUUUGCCGGGUGUGUCAUUGGUUUCUGGUGGCAUUUAAAAGAAGAGAAAGAGGCUGAACCUGAACCUGAACCUGAAAAGGAAGAAGAACCAGAAAAAAAGAAUCAGUUUUAUGUUUCUCCAUUUCAUAUCGCAGCUCCGGCACCUUUCGUAUAUGCUUCUCCAACAGUGUUUGCUUCUGUGUACCCAGGUAGCUAUUUAUUACCAGGACAACCAGAUAUUGUUGCACCUUCAGUUUCUGAAUCAGGCGCACCACCACUGGAAGUUGAACCAAAAGGUCCGGACGAAGAGAAGCUAGAAAGCCACUAA